GCGGAGCCGGGUCUAGGCGGGGGCUGCCGGCCGGGGAUCAUGCCGGGGGAGCUGCGCCUCGGCACCGCUUUCUCCUCGCCCUCCAUGGAGCCCGGACUUUCUCUACAAUGACUUUCCCCGAGCUGAGCAAUGGCAGCUUGAGUGGGAACCGGACGGGACAGGGCAGCCAGAGCGGUGCCAACCGGUCCUGGGGGCUGCAGGGUGAGGAGAGCCCCGACGGCAACGGCACCACGCUGACUUUCGCCUUGGACGUGCAGGCGGUGGGCGUCGGGGUCUUCCUGGCCGUGUUCAUCCUCUCGGCCAUCGUGGGGAACAUCCUGGUCAUCCUGUCGGUGGCUUGCAACCGGCACCUGCAGACGGUCACCAACUACUUCAUCGUCAACCUGGCCAUCGCCGACCUGCUGCUCAGCACCACCGUGCUGCCCUUCUCGGCCACCCUGGAGGUGUUGGGCUUCUGGGUGUUCGGGCGCAUCUUCUGCAACAUCUGGGCGGCGGUGGACGUGCUGUGCUGCUCUGCCUCCAUCAUGAGCCUGUGCAUCAUCUCCGUGGACAGGUACAUCGGCGUCAAGUACUCCCUCAAGUACCCCACGAUCAUGACCGAGAGGAAGGCGGGGGUCAUCCUCGUGGUGGUCUGGCUCUCCUCCAUGGUCAUCUCCAUCGGGCCCCUGCUGGGGUGGAAGGAGCCGCCGCCGCAGGAUGAGAGCAUCUGCAGCAUCACAGAGGAGCCAGGCUAUGCCCUGUUCUCCUCCCUCUUCUCCUUCUACUUGCCCCUCAUGGUCAUCCUGGUGAUGUACUUCAGGAUCUACGUGGUGGCCAGGCGGACCACCCGGAGCUUGGAGGCAGGGGUCAAGAAGGAGAGGAAUAAAUCCAUGGAGGUGGUUCUGCGCAUCCACUGCCGCAGCGUCCUGGAGGAGCCUCUCUCCAGCACCCGGAGCAAGGGGCACAACUUCAGGAGCUCCCUCUCCGUGCGGCUCCUCAAGUUCUCCCGUGAGAAAAAGGCAGCCAAGACUCUCGCCAUCGUCGUGGGUGUUUUCAUCCUCUGCUGGUUCCCCUUCUUCUUCAUCCUGCCUUUUGGUUCUUUCUUCCCGUCUCUGAAGCCCUCCGAAAUUGUCUUCAAGAUCAUCUUCUGGCUGGGGUACUUCAACAGCUGCGUGAACCCCAUCAUCUACCCCUGCUCCAGCAAGGAGUUCAAGCGCGCGUUCAUCCGGCUGCUCAAGUGCCAGUGCCACCGCAGGAGACGGCCCAUCUGGAGAGUCUACGACCACCACUGGAGAGGGGCCUCUGCCAACAGCUCGGUGCAGGACUCUGAGACAGACCUGAGGCCCAGGAUUAGCACCCUGAACAGCUCCUUCAUAUUUAACUCCUCCUUCCAGGAGAGAGCCAGUAAGAGGCGAACGCUCAGCUUCAAGGGCUGGAAGAUGCUCACUCCUUUCCAGAAACCAGCGUCCACCCAGCUGAAGGAGAAGAUGAACAGCCUUUCUAACAAAAUCCGGGGUGGCUCCAGCAAAGGGGGGGUGACAGCCACCUACAAAACAGAGGUGGAGUCUGUCUCUAUUGGGAUCCCUCAUGAUUUCACGGAAACCAUCGACUAUCAAACCCAUGACUUAACAGACUGCUGUGGGCUGAGAGAAACAGAUAUUUGAACCCUCUGGAACAGCUGUCGAUGGUUUCUUUAGAGGUAUCCAGCAGAAAUGUGGAGGGAUACCAUCUGUGGGUCUGUCAGGCAGACUGGAAGCAGCAAUCAGGUAUAAAAUGCAGUUGCCCAAAGGUUAUCCAAAAAUCCCCCACGUGGCGCUCAGCCCCUUCUGUGGGAUUAUGGGUUCCUCAAAUAAGAGCCAAUGGCAUAUCCCAUUUUAACAAGCCUCAGCAGGAGGGGAAGAUGUGGGGUGGAUAUGGCCUUAGGAGAAGAGCUGUCUCCCUCCAGGGGAUGGUUGUCUUUGACUUUGGAAGAAGCUGUGCAAUUAAGGGAAACCAGGAUGUCUCCUUUGCCUUAAAAACACCACCGUGAAAUCUAAUGGAAAGAUCAAACCCCAAAAGAUGCCAACCCUGCCUUAGUACAUGUGAUCACGUUUCCAUCCAGAGGCAGCAUCCAGGAAGGACUCUGCCGAGCAGCAGCUGGCAGCUGAUCCUUUAGAUGAUGGGUUGGGAGCUUGUAGGUCUGCAGGGCUGGACAGGACCUCCAGCUGAGCCCUUGGCUCUGGAGGUUGAGCAGACUGGGGUAUUUCCAGCAGGGUGGGGGGAUCCUGGCUCUCAGCCAUCAUCUCUGCAGUGACCACAGCUUUGCCCCUUCCACAUAACCUGGUUUUAGGCUGGAGGAGGAGCCCAAAUGUCUACACAGGGUGUGCAGGUCUCUCUCCUCUAAUUCCAGCCUGUGAAGCAUUUCCCAUUUCACUUUCCAGUGAAACACUUGCAAUCCACCUUGCUUUAGUGCUCAUCCAUCUGUGAUACAGAGAGAAACCGGCUCCUUUUGGUGUCAGUCAUCCCCAACCUUUUCUGUCCCCUUCUUGCUCUAGUUGUUUCUCUCAAAAAACAACAGGAUAAAAAUACAUCCCGGGGGAUUCACUCAGGACGAGAGGAAAUGGCCUCAAGGUGUGCCAGGGGAGGUUUAGGUUGGAUAUUGGGAAAAAUUUCUUCGCUGGAAGGGUGGUCAGGUAUUGGAACAGGGAAGUGGUGGAGUCACCACCCCUGGAAGUGUCCAAAGAUGUGUGGAUGUGGCACCUGGUGACACGUGCCAUGUAGUGAACACGGUUAGUGGUUGGACUCGAUGAUCCAAGAGGUCUUCUCCAACCAUAAUGAUUCUGUGAUGCAGGUCCUCAACUGUCCUGCUCUGUGGCUCAGGAAAGGUGGGAUGGCUGAGUUUGGAAGUUUGCAAUUCUACUGCCCCUUGGGUCAAAGCUAAAAUGGAGCUGAUGCAAGGACGGAUCUUCUCCCCAGUCAGGGUCAUGCUCCUGACCCUUCUCCCGAGGGACUCCCCAAAAACCUGAUACAUCAAACCUUUGGUUUUCCCUUGGGUGUGUCCGCUAACAUGGUCAAAAGCAAUGACAGUAAGGGUUGGUUUUCCCUGCUCACAGCCCCAGAGUGUGAGCACCCCUCAGGAGGGCACCACAGUCUCCUCUGGAAAACUCAGGGAGUUGGGGCCAUGACAGGCCCACCUCUGCCAGGCAGCUCAGAAAGGGGUCACCCAAACUCUGCUUGGCCGUGUGUUGCAGGCACUGGUUUCAAAAUUCAGGCUGGUUUUAUCAAACUUCAGAUAAUGAUGAUCAGGUUAAGGCGUGAGCAGGAGACACGUAGGUGAUGGAGGUGAAGUCUGGGUCUGAGCUGCAGCAGCUCAAGUCAAGGUGACUAAAGAACAGGAACAUGAAGUCAAAGGGUGGAAACACAGCAAUGAAUGUGUUCCUGGGUGGAAGCUCAUCCACAUCAGCAAUGUCCCCCAAACCCAUGAGGAGUCUUUCAUGAAUGUGCCUACAGCACAUGCAGCUAAUCAAGGGUGGCUGUCAAAGGAAGAUGAAAGGCUCCUCUCUCCAUUAGAGAGAAUGUCACCUUUCUUUCUGCUGUUCAUUUGCUUCAAAGUAAAACAAGAGAGAGAGAAAGUUGGACUUUUUUUAUUCUUAGUCUUUUGAGCAGUGCAUAUUGAGACAAGGUAUCUGGAGUUGGCCCCAUCUCAACAACCCUUAGCACCCUUUACUUGAUGCAGGACUCCAAACUGGACCAAUUAUUGCACAAAUACCAGGAGAUUUUGUCCAAAUAUUCUCCUCUCAGCAGCAAAUCCCACCAGGGCACAUGGGCAGCAUUGCAUUUACACUGAACCCAGACUCAUCAUGUUCUCCAGCAUCUGCAAAACCACCCAGAGGUUCCAGCUGGGGAGGUUCAACUCUACAAAAACCCAACACGUCAUGGGAACUUUUGUGGGGAAAUACAUCUUUUUUUUCCCUAUAUCUUUGGCUUUUCAGGGAAGUGAGACCUCACAGUGAUGAUGGUGUGACAUGAAAAGUCAUUUUGCAGUGUAAGGACUGCAGGUGCUGCUGGUUUCCAGGGAGCUUUGGGGAUCCUGAUGGGAGGCACUGGAGAUGUAGCAGAGAAGGGACCAGGGAAGGGGCAGUCCAUGAGUGCAUCCAUGACCAGAUGACAUGUACACACUUUACUGUAUUUAUAUACAUGGGUCAUCUCCAAAAUACGAGGCUUUCUCCUACAAAGGGGCCAACAUCCUCCUAUAAAUGAAGAUUCAGCAAAUGCUGGCAAGCAGUUCAUUCCCAUAAAUGAGUUGGUGUUAUUGCUUACACUUCUCCCUGAUUUUUUUACCUACUCCUUUUUUUUUUUCCCCAGUAUUGAAACAUUUACAUUUACAGCCUCCAGCCCCUUGAAAGCAUCCGGAAGGGAAAGAAAGAUUAGUCUGGAGGUUUGCUGCCUCUCCAUCCCAAUUUUUUACACACCUGCAAGGGAGAAAACAAGGAUAAAUAUUUAAACGCACAUGUACACACACGUAAAUGCCCAAACCCUGGCUCAGUUACUUACUGAGUUUGAUCUGGCCCCAAGAGAUGCCCUAGAAGGUGCUGCAGGGAAGCUUUGAGCUCUGCUCUGCUGCAUUCAGGCAAAAUACUUGUUUCUCACCUAAGCCAGAACCCCCUCUUUCAUUUGGCCUCUUGCAGCAGAAGCAGUGCCAGGACUGGACUCUGGGACUGCUCCUGUAGGGAUUUGUUGGGAGCAGACAGGGCUGUCAUUGCUGGCAGGGGGAGGAACAACAAUGUCAUGUAAAAUAUGACCCAAGUCUGUAAAACUGAGCAUUUCUCUUUGAAUCCCUUACUUUUCCAAACUCUCCCAGGUUUGGAAACACGGGCUCAGAUCUUCAGGACGUAAAUUCGGUCUGAUCCCACGGAUUUCUCUGGACCCACAAGGGUGUGACCAGCUGAGGGAGUGGCCCUGUUUCUCCAAGUUUGCCACACAGGCCGUUCCCCAAAAGCACCUGCACCUUGCUUUUCCAGCAGAUCUCACCUCAUUGCACUGGCUCCAUGUCACUAUUGCUUUGUCAGACCUUGCUGCUUCAAGGAACUAGUUGUUGAUGAGUUUUGGUGUCACUGGACUCCCCUGAGUCCCCGAGGGAAGGAAGGUCCCUGUCAGCCUGAGCUGGACUGCAGUUGGGUUGCAUUACUAUUGUUUACAGCGUGUAUAUAAGUGUACAUUUUCUUUAGCAGACAUUGGAAUUUUUUAUGUAUAGAUUUUUAUUUUUCAUCCCCAGACGUAUUUAUUAGCCAGAGUAUUUCUGUUUUGUGUUCCGAGUUCUGUCAGAUCGGUGUAAGCUCUAUGGAACAGAAUGCACAUAUUUUUGUUUGUUUGUACCAAAUACAUGCACAAACCUGUCUAAAA